AUGGCCGUUGAGGCCGAGCCGGACCUUGUUCAACACUUGGUGGACUCGUUUCACACGCUCCUGGAUGAGGCCCUCAUUGUCGCGAUAGCCAACGACUACAACCUCCAGGAUCCUGUGGCCUACGAUGCGGCCUUUGAAACGCUCCGGGGCCUCUCGCAGAGUGUGCCCUCGGAGGAGGCCACUGGCUUCAACGCCAGCGGUAUUCCCGUCCAUGACGAGGAGAGCGAUGAAACUAAGGAUGAAUCGGGGACUUCGACGACCAACAGCCGUCCGACAUCCCAGGCACAUGUGACGGAGCCUUCAAGCACGGAUGCCUCGUCGUCUAUCGCUCCGGAGCCCCAAACCGACAUUCCGCGCCUUACAUCCUUCGACAAUGACAGCGAAGAGUCUAAGAUCCUCUCGCUGCAGUCAAUGUUUGCAGAGCUGAGCGCGUAUGAUGUCUCCCACUCCCUCAAGAACGCGAAAGGCGAUUUCCAGGCCGCUUUGGAUGACUUGCUCAACAAGCAGUACUUGAAAUCGACAGGCCAGGAGAUCAAGGGUAUCGAUGGCUUCUUCCAAGCCGACGAUGCGCCGCUAUCCAAAAGCAAGCGCAAGAGAAAGAAGAAGAAUCAGGGGAACCGAGCAAAUCCGGAUGCAAGCCCGUCCCUGGACGAAUCGCCUGGCUUUGACGAUGGGCAACACGAGAUCGAGUACAUUGCUGAAAGGUUUGGCAUUCGCUCCGACGAGGUGUCUGGCAUUUAUCGCAAGACUCAGCGCUCGGGCGGCGCAACUGUCGUGGAGCUCCUCAAUCAGUACAUCUCCCACGGCGUUGAGUCCAAGGACGACGCCGGCAAACAGCACGCCGACGGCCUCACGCGGAAAUAUCGAUACGUUCCCGGCAAGUAUAUGCCGACCAUUGUGCACGUCGCCGGCUCCAUCCCUCAGUUUGCGGACGAUCUCGCGGCUCUGCUUAACAAGCACUUCUCCAGACAGUCCAGGGGCCAGAAGCUCGAACUCGGCUAUCGGCUGACGCCGUUGCCCCAAGAGGAUAUUGAAGGGGGCGCAUGGCAGCUGGCGACGGCGAAGCCAGCGAGGAAGCUGCCGACAGGCCAAAAGGACCUGGGUCAAGUCUUGGAGACGGCAAACAAUCUCCACCAGGCCAAGAGAGACACGCUGGAAACGGCGGCGCAGCUCCACCGUAGAGGAGCGGCGAACCCGCUGUACCGGCAAGCAGCAAGCUUCUACACGGACCGCGCGCGGGACCAGGCGAGACAGGCGCAGCAGGCCACUUCGGCCGCCGCCGACUUGCUGGUGCAGCAGCAGACGACGCCCAGCUCGGUCGACUUGCACGGUGUCCUGGUCCACGACGGCGUCCGGAUUGCGCUGCAGAAGACGCGGGACUGGUGGAACGGCCUGGGCGAGUUUAGGGUCCGCAAGGCCAAGGAGGAGGGCUUCACCGUCAUCACCGGACUCGGCCGCCAUAGCGCUGGCGGCGUUUCGCAAAUGCGGCAGGCCGUCGUCGCGGCUCUGCUGCAGGACGGGUGGAAGUUGCAGGUGGAGACUGGCAAAUUUGUUGUCAGCGGUAGACGUUGA